GAUACUGCUACACUGGUCUUCAUCACAGCCAUGGCUUUCUGCAAACUUCUGCUAACGGUGUUGGUACUGCUCCACAACAGUGGUGGUCUACUGGGAAAUGAAGUGAGGAGCUCCAUCAUUGGUGCAGAGGAUGCUCAAAAGGAAAGAUGGCCAUGGAUGGUCCACCUUAACAUGACAUCUAGUGGAUCGAAUAGGGUGAAAUGGCGCUGUGGCGGCACCAUCGUUGCAAAACACUGGGUGCUGACUUCUGCACACUGCCUGGCUAACAAUCCUGAUCAUCGUCGAUCGUUCGUUACUGUCGGCGCAUAUCAGCUGCAAAAGGCGGCUAAAAGCUACAUGGCUAUAGCUAAUUUUGUCCCUGAGUUUGACUACCAAGACCUGGGCAACGGCAACUACAAAAAUGACAUUGCUCUGAUCAAGCUGAAGAACCCGAUUCAGUUUUCGAAAGAUGUUGCACCAGUGGAUCUGCCUGACAAGGAUGACACCUUUGGUCCAUCAGCUGAGUGUUGGAUCACUGGCUGGGGGGAAGUGGGAAAUGGUGUUUCAGACUUUUGA